AGACUCCUCCUCCAUCAUUCAUCCGGUUCCAGUCACGCCCGGAAUCCAGGAUCUUUUCCCAGCGCCUGAGGCUAUCCCCCGUUUGGGAAAUUCCCCGAUUUGGUUGGGGCCGAUUAGAUAAUACCGCUGAGUGGCCCGUGCGGCGUGCACGCUAUCAAGAUCACGUGUUCCCCACCCAGUCAUUGUUCGCCGUCGCGCUGCCAUCAUUUUUGGGCUCCCUGGAAAUUCCUUGGCCUGGAAGUUGCGUCUUUUGCUUGGGUACUGCUGAUACUAACGAAUCGCUCGGUCGCAGGCUCUUUCCCAGGCUGCUCCCCUCUUCUUAUACCCUCGAGCAUGGUCUGGUGAUGUCUUCGCGAUAUCCCCCAUCAUCUGGGUAUAACUCCCGUGAUCGCUCCCCACAACGCUUUGGUGACCGUCGACCCCCCGCUGGCCCUCGUGGCUCUGAUGAUGCCAACUUACCCAUCGGUCGGGAGCCCCCGAGGGCUCCCAAGGCCUUGAUUGACCCUCCGCGCGGCGCUCCGUUCGGUGGUCGAGGUCGAGGCUACUACCCCGGCCGUGGAGAUUUUCGGGAUAGGGACCGUGAUCCCCGUGACCGGGAUAGAGAACGGGAUCGUGAUUUUCGAGAUCUUCGCGAUGGACCACCGCCACCGUUUCGCCGUGAUAUCGACCGGGAUUGGGGUCGUCGCACCCAUGAUUUCGACCCUCGAGAACCCCGAGUUGGGUUCGGCCGCGGUCGUUCGCGCUCCCCGCCGCCGCUUCGUGAUUUUCGAGACAUGCGAGAACCCCUGGCUCGCGAUCCAGACAUGGUACGGAUGCGUCGGGGCUCCCGGGAUAGCUUGAUGUCCGUCUCAUCGACGGCACCUGAUGGCCCACUGGUUGGAACGAGUCAUCAUCCUCGUGCUGGUCCCAUCCGGGGCCGGGGCCGGGGGGAAUGGGAGGCUGGACGCGGACGCGGACGGCUACCUUACAUGGACGAUCGUGAUUCGUUUCGCCGUCGAAGCCGGUCGCGCGAUGCGCGCGAUGUGAGGUGGGAUCGGGAGCGAGAGCGCGAGCGAGAACGAGAGCGUGAUAGAGAACGCGUCCUCGAGCGAGACCGGGAACGGGAGCGGAUUGUGAUGGAUCGAGAUCGAGACCGAGAGCUUGAUAGACGCGAACGUGAGAGAGACCGGGAAUUCGAUCGACGGGAGGAGCUGGACCGUCGGGUUGAACGUGAUGACCGGGACCGACCAGCAGAUCUUUGGAAGCGGGAUCCCCCCCCGAGUCGCAACGAGACUCGAAUCCCCAGCAACCCAGCCAUUCCAUCCGCUUCUCCAUCCUUACACUCCGCGGGGUCUGUACCACCCCCCGACAAGGUUCCAGAGCAAUCCGCUGUCGAACAUCCCCGAAAAUUAUCUGGAGAUUCAUGGCGCGAUCCGGAGCGUUCUGAACCAUUGCCCCCUGCUGCCCGACCGGCUGCUGCAAAGGAAUUUUUGCCCCCUGUUGUCAAACGCUCUCCUCCACCUGCUGCCCCCCAAGUUCCUGCGUUUGGCACCGUCACCGCGCCCAUUCCGGACUUAUCAACGGAAAAGUCGAUAGUUGAUGUCCCUCCCCCUACUACUUCCUUACCCAAAGCCGAGAAAGACCGUCAUGAACAUUUACCACGACCCCCAAUGCAACCCCCAACCGGACCAAAAGCCGAUCGUGGUCCCCCUCAACAUGCCCUAGAUCAACGUCCUCGGCGCGAUGAACCUAGGGGCGAUGAACCUAGGGGCGAUGAAAGCGGAGAGGGUUCGGUGAAACUGGAGGGCCCUGCGCGUACUUUGAAACCACAGCCAAUCGUUACCGGUGCUCCUCCAAAGCCAGCGGAUCUUUCACCCCCGACUGCCCCGGCAGCGAUGGUCGCCGCCAAGGAGCCUGCAGUUACUCCCGAAUCUUCGCCGAGCAAGUCGAGUACGGCAGUAGUACCCAUGCCGGACGAGGCGCGAGCCUUACCUUUGGCUGGACGUUCAACCUCGCCAGUUUUGCAGACAUCCCCCCGCAUGCACGCCACCAAUAUUCCGACUGGGCCUCGUGCCCUACAGCAACGACCUGCAACCUCGCGUGGACCAGCGAAAUCCAACAAACAGUGGGUUCGGCCCGGUUACAAUCGAUUAUCGCAGUCGGGGCCUAGCCCCACCAUCACGGCCAAGCGCGACUCCAUUGAUAACAAGGACCGAGGCUUCUCCAUUAGCGAAGAAAGCAAACGGGAGACAAAAGCUCCCGAUGAUGACCCGCCGGCAGCGCUUGAUGUGGAUGAAAUGGAUACCAGCAAUGAUGUAACCGCGCCCGCUGACAAGGAACCUAUCGCUGUCCCUGAACUUCCCGCCGUCCUCAAAGACCGUGUGGCCAGUCCUCAGCCCCCUUCCAUCCAGGAGGCAGCAGAGAAACCCGCUGGGGAGCGAAAUAGUGUGCUAAUACCUGAUUUCGGCCGGUCUAGUGACGAGGAUGAGGAUGAAAACGUUUUCACCCCGGAGUACCUCGAAGAACGCAAAAAGAUUUUUGAAAAGGACAUGAAGGCUCUCCGCGCAGAAUUACCUCCUCCACCGUUAGAGGACCCAACCGUUGUAUCUCUGCUAAUGCGAAUCCAACUGCUUGGCAUGAUCGCCCACGAGCGAAUGCCCACGAAGGAGCCGACACCUCAGCCGCCUCCGGAUGCCGCUGCGCCAAUCAAGGAGACCGAAAUCGCUCCCCCCGUUGAAUUCAAGUCGGAGACGAAGAAGACUGAAGAAGACCAGGAACCGCCCACCAAAAUGAUUCUGGAUUCACUGCCGGACGCUCUUUCCAUCGAGCACCUGCCCUUCCUCAAUUCUGGACCCCCCACCCCGAUAUCCGAUCUGGAUAUUUACCACGAGAAUUCUACUCUGUACGAAAAUGUAAAAGACAUGUUCCGUGGAGAAUUGGUUGAGCGACGGAAAGAAAUUGCAAAGAAGAAUACAGAACUGCGCAUGGAUUAUUUAUCCUACUACAAACCAUGGAGAAUAAAUGUUUGGGAACUCGACCGCGCAAAGGACAGGAGAAGUUCGGUUACCCCAGGACCGACUCCGCCUCCGGCUCCCUCGCUGACAGUUACCCCUACGCCUGUUCCAGAGGGUCGGAGGUAUAAGGGCAACAGUGAGCUUGACUUCCAGAACGCUCUCCGGGCUUCGGAAAUUUCAGCGCAGGAAGAACUCGAGAGACGCCGCGAAAACAAAGCUACGGCUCAACCAGAUCUGACGCGCGAGGCGGUCAUUCCGGACAUGCUUGACCCCCGAGAGGCCAAGGCCCGUAUCUACAAAGACACCAACAACAUUGUUGACCCAGCCCAAGCUAUGGAUGUGUUUGCUUUCUUGCCGCCUCCUAACGACUUUACGCCCGAAGAGCACGAGAUCUUUACCGACGCGUUCAUGGCAUAUCCCAAGAAAUGGGGCAAAAUUGCGGAAGCGUUACCUAAACGCGACUUUAGGGAAUGUAUUGUUCAUUAUUACUUGACGAAGGAGGAGAUCAAAUACAAGGCGAAACUAAAUAAGCGGUGGAGUCGCCGGGGCCGAGCAAAAAGAUCGGCCCGACCCAAGUCUAACGCGCUUAUGGCCGAUUUGGGUGUUGUAAAACCUGAUUAUGACGGCGAGGAAGAGCCAACUCCGGUCACAGAUACUGGUCGCCCACGCCGUGCUGCGGCUCCUACGUUUGGAGACUCUUCCGCCGACACCGAGCAGAGUGGCAAUGGCCGCCGGGGAAAUGCCGCCAGGGAUGGCGAGCAGGGAGAGAAACCUGCUGGACGACGAGGACCCCGGUCGGGUGCUGGCACUCGCGGUGGUCGACGAGGCAAAGCGGCCCAGCAACAGCAACAGCAAGCACCACAAACACCACAGCCCGAGCAACUCAACCCAACGAUUCCGGCAGCAGCCACCGUCGCAUCUUCUACCACCAUCGUGACCCCUAUCCCCAAAACAGAGAUAUUGGAGCCAUCGGUAGAACGUGCGAGUGAGACCGCCGUUCGACCUAAGGAGUCAACUGAAAGAGAGCAAAUCGAAGCGCCCCCCCGCGCCAAGUCUGGCAGAGGACGCCAGAAAGAGGGCAUGUAUGUCUUUGAGUCAACCGAGCCAGAUAGUAGCACUGCGACGCCUACUGCAACUACCCGUCAAUCGGAGGUGAACUACUCCUCUCCACAGCCCACUAGUUAUUGGUCUGUGCCCGAGCAGCGCGACUUCCCGUUACUUUUGGCCCACUUUGGUCGGGACUUUGAGGGCAUUUCGAACUUUAUGAAAACGAAGACUACGGUGAUGGUUAAAAACUAUUUUCAGCGACGGAUCGACUCGGGCCAAAAGGACUUCGAGGACAUUGUAGCUGAUGCCGAAGCUAAGAAAGCCCGUGGAGAGGCCACUGGCCAUCUUCCGAUGCCCAACUUUACCUCGAAACGCCGCUAUGAAGCAACACCCUCCUCUAUCAUUAUGCCCAGACCCCUUGCUCCGAAUACCGAAGCCACUCCUGAAGUCGAUGAUGCCCGUCUUGCACCCAAAUCAAAGCAUACUGGUCCACCAGCACAGCAGCAGGUACCUCUACAUGCUCGCCCAAUUCAGGAGAAGGAGCGUAGCAUUUCCAGAUACCCCCCACUAGCACAGGCUAGUAGUGCACCGAUUGCUUCCCAUUCUGCAACUGGUAUGAGUGAAGAGGGCUCCCGAGCGGCCCGCGGCCCAACUGGCAUUGCCAAUAGAAUACCUGGCCCACGUUUAGGAUAUUUCCCUGACGACAGACGCGAUAUCACAGGGACGGUCCUAACCCAUACGGCAGCUCGACCUCAGGAGGUUCCAAUGUCCGCACGCCAAGCUGCUAUCUCUGGUCCUGACAUGACCCGGAUGGAGCCGCUCCACGGCCAAGGGUUCCGAUCUUCCAAUGUUGAUAUGCACGGAUCACCGUUACUUCCAGGGCAAAGCGCGGCGCCUUCACAGCAGCAACCAUACAUGCAGUCCCGGGCUCAAUCUCAGGCUCAGCCUCCUCCCGCGCUAAAGCCCGCUGGCUCGCACUCCCGCCAGUCUAGCCUUACUAAGCCUGCGUCCCCACGACACGAGGCCGAGAUAUCUCCUAUCCGGCGCGAUUCUGUCGGCCAAAGGCCCUACUAUCCUCUCCCUGGCCAGCAUGUGGGUAUCUCCCAACCCCCAAUUUUGUCACCGUCCAAGGAGCCCACAAGGAUGGGACCUGCCCGAGUGGAACCUCCAGAACCACCUCGUCAAGUCCCUGCCAAGCGGUCAAACAUCAUGAGCAUUCUAAAUGAUGAGCCGGAGGAACCACAGCCUCGUAAGCGGUUCGCAAGUGAUCAGCCUCCAGUUUCAGCGACCGUUGUUUCUCCGUCUCGGUCUGUGUACGCAUCGUCAUCAUCAUCACUUGCGCAACCUCCACCUGCACGAUCCGAGGAAGUCAAGGGUCCUGUUUAUGCUCAGCAAAGUCAAUAUCUGCCACCAUCCCGUCAUUAUUCCGAUUACCCGUCGUACAGCUCUAUGUCAGGUGGCUCCGGUACAGCUGCGGAUAGUGGGUGGAUGGCGCGAUUCGACCCCAGAGGCCAGCAGCAACCACAACCACCGCCAGGUCCUCCAGCACCGAACAACCGUACUCCUGCAGCUCUAGCCCCCCAACCUCCCUAUUCCCCCUACACCUCUAGUCAGUCUCUAUCGGGACCAACUCUGCCAAAUCUGAGUGCUCCAUCUCCUGCGCCGACUCUAUCUCCGGCACCUUCUCAGCUUCCUUCCUACUCUGCCUCAGUUUAUGCACAGUCCCCGGCGCCGCACACACAAGUUGCAGACUCCAGAUCCCGCGACCUUACAUCUCAAGCUCCUAUGUACCGAUCAACGAUUGGCUCGCCUACCCAGCGAGGGAGUGGUGGUAUUGCGUACUCUUCACGUCCCGGGGCUUCGACGACUCCGAUGCAGACUUCCGUGAAUGCUCUUGGUGUGGGGUCACGUCAACCCGCCCCUGUUUCAUCGUAUGCUUCAACGGCGCCACCAACCCCAGCCUCAAUGACUGGUGCACCCCCACAACAGCUCCCCGGGGGUCCCCCUCAAGGAUACCCACACGCGCAACCAAUGGUUGGUGGAUUGCAGCAACCGCAGCCUCAUCGGUCGCUUGGGUUGAUGGGUGCUCAGUACGGUCAUAACACACCACCGCCGCCAUCACAGCUUCCAGGAUCCAGGGUGGGGAGUUUAGCGGGCCCAGGAGCCCAGCAGAUGUCAAUGGGCCGUUCAUACACCCCUCCGGCGCUUUUGCAGCCAAACCCUGUAGGUGGGAUGGGCUAUGGGCCAGGUGGUCCAGCACCUGCCGUUGGUUCGGUGCACCCUCUCCAGGCACGAGCGGCAGGCCCUGGAUCACUAGGUGAAGCAGUACCCGGACCGCAUGGGGCGUCUAGCCACCACCGGGUGUACAGCCAGGGGUCCAACGCCGGUCCACUUCCUGGACCGUUAAAUCCACAGCACCCGGCUCGAUGAUUUUUUUUUUUUUUCAUUUUUAUUAUUUUUCUUUUGUCAAGUUGUGCAUAUGAUCAUACCACGGGAUAACAGUAUUCAUGUAUUCUAGAAGACUCUCUUCUUUUCCCCCUCCCAAUUUGUUCUUCUUUCUUGGUUUUAAUAUUUCUGUUGACACUGGGUUUGGAAGGGGUUAUUUUUUGUUUUUUUAUAUAUACCUUCAUACUUACCGAACGCACGAGUUGAUGUAUAGUAGAUGACUCAAUGGACAAGCCACAGAAGACACAAGCAGCAGCGCAGCGAAGAGGAAAUAGGAAAGUAGAUCGAGUAAACGCACCGGCUUUUUUACAGGGUAAAUGGGAAUACCUCUCCGGACACCGAGUAUGGAGUAUGGGGUACGGGGAAGUAAUAUUUGGGGUGUUAAAUCCCGCAGUCUGACACACAGUGGCAAAAAAGAACCGUGGAAUGGCCAACGUGGCAACUCAGCAUGGG